AUGAAUAAAGAAAACGCACAUAAUUGUAAUACAAUAUUCAAACGUACAACUGGGUUAAGCAUAUUUGGGGAACAAUAAAGAAUUUUAGUUAGGUUAAUGAAAUAAUUUCAUUAAUCAAUAUGUCGAUUAAUGUAGCCUAUCAUAGAUUCUAUAGAUCCAACAAAUUUGUUAGCUUCUUAAAAUGAAAUUGCCUAAUAUAAUAGUAAAUAACUAUUAGAGUUCACAAUUCAAAAUAACAACAUAAAACCAAUAAAUAUCCGAUGUCAGGGUAUUAUCUGGAUUGGAGUUUCUUUUUACUAUCUUAACGUGACCCUUUAUAUAACGAUAGUAUUAUGGUUAGGGUCUUUAGAAAAAAUGCAAAAAAGAAGAUUGGAGUUUGAUAGGCAUUGGCAUUGGCGUUGGCGCCCGCGAAUUUACAUAGGAAGUACUAAUUUGAAAAAAAAAAUAUAAAGUAAAAUCAUUAUAUAGAGGGUUACGUUAAGAUAGUAAAAUCCAAACCCUUUUGACAUAGAAUUGGUGCCACACCCAAACAUACUAUAUUUGAUUGAGAUGGAAGAUAAAUUCUAUGUGAAUUUCAUAUAAAACAAAGUGAAUCCAACAGAAUUGUCAAAUACUGAUUUAGAAUAAUUAGUCUCAAUUAUUAGAAAAAAUUAGAUGAUAAGAAUGUUUAGAGAAUAAGGUUUUGAGAAUAUUAGGAUGAGAGAUAUUUCCUUAAUUGGCAGAAAUUUAGUAAGUUGCAUUUUAAAUGAAUCAAAUUUGAUAAUGUUGAUAAAAGUGGAAUGUACUUGCUUAAUUGUUAAAUUGUAAAUAGAAGGAUAAGAUACAUGA